CUUUGCAAAGAGAGAGUGUUUAGUGUUUUCUUAUAACUUAUAUAUUACAAAACCCUUAUAACCCAACUCAUAUAUUCAUCAAUGUCUUUUUCUAAGAUUGCUCUCCUCCUCAUUUUGAAUGUCAUUUUCUUCACCUUGGUUAGCUCGAAUCCAGUCCCUUACCGCAAACCCACUUGUAAAAAUGCUCUUAAAUUCAAGGUGUGUGCCAAUGUGUUGGAUUUGGUUAAGGUUUCUCUACCACAAAGAUCCAAAUGUUGCGGACUUAUCAAAGGUCUAGUUGAUCUCGAAGCUGCGGUUUGUCUUUGCACCGCCUUAAAAGCUGAUCUCCUUGGCCUCAAACUAAAUGUUCCCAUUUCAUUGAGUGUUAUCUUAAACCAGUGUGGUAAGAAGGUUCCAUCUGGUUUUAAAUGUGCCUAGAGGUUGCACAGUUUUAAACCGAGACGCUAAACCAUUGCUUCAAAAGUUUGUUUCUUGUUUUGAGAUUUCUAUUUGUUUC